CGGGCGACGGGGUGUGCGCGGCGGCGGCUAGGCCGAGCCGGGCCGGAGGUGGUUGGUGGUGGCAGGAGGCGGUAGUCGCAAGAGCAACAGUGAGGAGCGUGGUCGGGCUUAACGAGCUGUUCCUCUCCCUGAUGUGUUUGUAGCAGCGGAGCGGGCGGCAGCGCAAUGGCUUCGAGCAGCGGCACCGACGUGAUUCAGGUCACCAACGUCUCCCCCAGCGCUAGCUCCGAGCAGAUGCGGACGCUCUUCGGUUUCCUCGGGAAAAUCGAGGAGCUGCGCCUCUUUCCUCCCGAUGACUCUCCCUUGCCCGUGUCGUCCCGGGUGUGUUUUGUAAAGUUCCACGAGGCGGACUCGGCGGUCGUGGCCCAGCACCUGACAAACACUGUUUUCGUUGACAGAGCCUUGAUAGUCGUACCCUAUGCAGAAGGAGUUAUUCCUGAUGAGACUAAGGCUUUGUCUCUCUUGGCACCAGCUAAUGCUGUGGCAGGUCUGCUGCCUGGAGGUGGACUCCUGCCCACUCCCAACCCUCUUUCUCAGAUUGGUGCUGUUCCUUUAGCUGCUUUAGGAGCUCCUGCUCUUGAUCCUGCCCUAGCUGCUCUGGGGCUUCCUGGAGCAAACCUAAACUCUCAGUCUCUUGCAGCAGACCAGCUACUAAAACUGAUGAGCACAGUGGAUCCAAAGUUGAACCACGUAGCUGCAGGUCUUGUCUCACCCAGCCUGAAGUCAGAUACCUCCAGUAAAGAAAUAGAAGAAGCUAUGAAAAGAGUCCGAGAAGCACAGUCGUUAAUCUCUGCUGCUAUAGAGCCAGACAAAAAAGAUGAAAAACGAAGACAUUCAAGGUCCAGGUCACGCUCCAGGAGGAGGAGGACACCUUCUUCAUCUAGACACAGGCGCUCCAGAAGCAGGUCACGGAGAAGGUCCCAUUCAAAAUCAAGAAGCAGGAGGCGAUCGAAAAGCCCAAGGCGAAGAAGAUCUCAUUCCAGAGAGAGAAGCAGGAGGUCGAGGAGCACAUCCAAAACCAGGGAUAAAAAGAAAGAAGAGAAAGAAAAGAAACGUUCCAAAACUCCUCCCAAAAGCUACAGCACAGCCAGGCGGUCGAGAAGCACAAGCAGAGAACGACGACGCAGAAGAAGCAGGAGUGGAUCCCGGUCACCUAAAAAGCCCAGGUCUCCCAAGAGGAAAAUGUCCAGGUCCCCAUCUCCAAGGAGGCAUAAAAAGGAGAAGAAGAAGGACAAAGAGAAGGAGAGGAGUCGAGACGAGAGGGAGCGCUCCACCAGCAAGAAGAAGAAGAGCAAGGACAAGGAGAAGGAGCGGGAGCGCAAGUCGGAGAGCGACAAGGACGUGAAGGUCACCAGGGAUUACGACGAGGAGGAGCAGGGCUACGACAGUGAGAAGGAGAAGAAGGAGGAGAAGAAGACGGCGGACUCCUCCUCCCCUAAAGGCAAGGAGGCCGCGGGGGAGAAGGGCAGCGGCGAUCCCGGCCGGGAGUCCAAGGUCAACGGCGACGACCACCACGAGGAGGACAUGGACAUGAGUGACUGAAGCGGGGCGGCGCCCGCGCCUCCCUGCCCUUCCUCUCUGGUUCUUUUUACGCUCUCCUCCUUAAUCCUAACUCCUAGGUGUCUCCAGCUCCCAGCUAGCCAUGGUUUGUACCUCUCCUGAUACUAACUUCACACCCAACAAAGCUUUAGACAGAGCGAAGGCGACCGGCCCCGGCCGCCGGUCAGCUCGCGCCGAGCGGUCCGCCGCCACCGCCGCGCUUUGGGGUGCUGCUCGGAGCAGAAGUCAAGAAGCUGCAUGUGUCUCCAGCAGGCAUGGACUUGUUUGUGUGUGACCUCCUGUAGUCAAUCAGCUCUCACCCACCCUAGUGUCCCCGAGACUUGGGAUUCCUCGCAGCACCAUAGAGCAGCGUAGGGAAUGCACUGACUGCAUGUUGAUCCGGCAGAGAUGGCCUCCCUCUGCUCCACUCCUGCCACAGACCACCCAUCUGCUUCAAGGGGCUACUUUAAGGGCCUUGGUGGGUCUACUUCAAGGGUAGAUUUGCUUCAAGAGUCUGGGUGGGCCUGCUCUGAGGGCCUGGGUGGGUCCACUUGGAGGGUGGGCCUGCUCUGAGGGCCUGGGUGGGUCUGCCCUGACCAAGGGUCUUAAGUGUGGCUACACAGAUGCCUGCACCUGAAGCUCCUCGUUCUCCUAGAGAUAGAUUUGAGGUUUUGUUUCUCUUGUUUUCACUUCUGAAGCCCUGUGCCUGGGGUUGGUUUGGGUUUGGGUUGUUUCUCCCUUCUCCCCCCCUCAGGUGGGUUUGGUUUGGCUUUGAAGACAGUUCCACUGCACUGACCUUUUUG